AGAUAAAGAGACAAAAGAAGAAAAAAGAGAAACGUAGGGAGAAAAAAAGACACGAAUGGGGAGAAAGAAAAGAAAAGAAGUAGGGAACAAGAGAGAACAGAAAAAGAUAGAAAUAGGGAACAAGAGAGAACAGGAAAAGAUAGAAAUAGGGAACAACAGAGAACAGGAAAAGAUAGAAAAAAGGAACAAGAGAAAACAGAAAAAGAUAGAAAUAGGGAACAAGAGAAAACAGAAAAAGACAGAAGUAUGGAACAAGAGAGAACAGAAAAAGAUAGAAAUAAGGAACAAGAGAAAACAGAAAAAGACAGAAGUAUGGAACAAGAGAGAACAGAAAAAGAUAGAAAUAGGGAACAAGAGAGAACAGGAAAAGAUAGAAAUAGGGAACAAGAGAGAACAGGAAAAGAUAAAAAUAGGGAACAAGAGAGAACAGGAAAAGAUAGAAAUAGGGAACAAGAGAGAGCAGGAAAAGAUAGAAAUAGGGAACAAGAGAGAACAGAAAAAGAUAGAAAUAGGGAACAAGAGAGAACAGGAAAAGAUAGAAAUAGGGAACAAGAGAGAACAGAAAAAGACAGAAGUGAGGAACAAGAGAGAACAGAAAAAGACAGAAGUGGAGAACAAGAGAGAACAGAAAAAGAUAGAAGUAGGGAACAAGAGAGAACAGAAAAAUACGGAAGUAGGGAACAAGAGAGAACAGAAAAAGACAGAAAUGAGAAACAAGAGAGAACAGAAAAAGAUAGAAAUAGGGAACAAGAGAAAACAGAAAAAAGACAGAAGUAUGGAACAAGAGAGAACAGAAAAAGAUAGAAAUAGGGAACAAGAGAGAACAGGAAAAGAUAGAAAUAGGGAACAAGAGAGAACAGGAAAAGAUAGAAAUAGGGAACAAGAGAGAACAGAAAAAGAUAGAAAUAGGGAACAAGAGAAAACAGAAAAAGAUAGAAAUAGGGAACAAGAGAGAACAGAAAAAGACGGAAGUAGGGAACAAGAGAGAACAGAAAAAGACAGAAGUAGGGAACAAGAGAAAACAGAAAAAGAUAGAAAUAGGGAACAAGAGAGAACAGAAAAAGACGGAAGUAGGGAACAAGAGAGAACAGAAAAAGAUAGAAAUAGGGAACAAGAGAGAACAGGAAAAGAUAGAAAUAGGGAACAAUAGAGAACAGGAAAAGAUAAAAAUAGGGAACAAGAGAGAACAGGAAAAGAUAGAAAUAGGGAACAAGAGAGAGCAGGAAAAGAUAGAAA